CAACAGGUGAAUUGUAACAAGCAAUGAGAGAAACAGAAAAGCCUCAUGGGAAAGUUUUGCAUUUUUUGACGCAGCUGAUAAACGCUAUUCAUAAACUUCGACGUCCGUGAGUCUCCCCUUGCAAUGGCGGUGAACUAAGAUCUGGAAGAACCUGAAGAAAAUGAAGUUUCCAAACCAGGAGCCUGCCUUUUUUCCUGCCGUCGCCAAAAACAUGCAGUAACACCUUUAAACACCAGCUUCCACCCAGCAUAUUUUCUUGCCUUAUUUCUACUCUUCUGUUGUACCAGCAAAGUCUUUCAACACAAUCUACCUGCUACACACAGGUGGUGUUAUUCAUCGCAAAAGCCUCUUCCUCAGCCAAGCAACAGUUUUUUUUCCGCUCUGCAGAAAACCUCCAUUUCCAAAUGAUGCGGACUGACAGCAAAGGCCGAAGUGCCUCCCCUCACAGAAUUACUUAUAAGUCUGAUUUUCAUGCUAUCAAAUGUUCUUUCGACACUGGGACCAGCCUCACACCAGCGACAAAAACUGCGGGCAGACUUCCAUCCAGCUUGUCAAACCCCAUCAUAUCUCACACUAGCACCAGCAGCCGAGGAAGGGUCUCCAGCACCAGGGGGAACAAAAUCAGAGAUAACAUCUUUCUUCAAAUGGACAGCCAGCAGCUGAAACAAGAUGGUCCUGUCCUUAGUUCUGGCUCCACUCCUCUCUUUUCUCCCCAUAACACAAGUCUACAACUGCAGAUUUCCCCUUAUACUGGAUCCAGACAUUCAUUUGGCAGCUCCUCAACUCUGCAAGAUAAACCAUCCAGAUCAGAGGAGAUCACUGAUAUUGAAAGGGCUGCUCUUGCUGAGAAAUUCUCUGUAACACGGAGGUUGUUUGAGACCAAGGUGAUGGAGGUUAGAGGAGAUGGAGCGCAGCCUUUGAGAGGAGUCCCCAGUAGGGGAAGUAAGAGUAUGGAAGACUGGAAAGGAAAAGAGGUUGACGGGAGAGAAGGAGGUGGACAGGAGGGGGAAAAAGAGGAAGAGACAAGAGGGAAACGGUAUCACAUGGAGGAUGUUUGCUUUGAUAAAGAGGAAUCAAUAAAUCCAUGCGUUGUAAAUAUUCCCACGCCUAAGCCUCCACCACUGGCCUUGAUGACAAGCCAACUUAAAUCUUCUGAAUUGGACAGCCCUGGUGAAGCAUCCUAUAAAUCUUCCUCCUAUCAUGACAAAAAGUAUGAAAUUUCAGAAACAAAAUUAGAGGAAGAACAGGCAAUAAAUGGUGUUUGCUUGACCCCUGAACAACCAGUCAGGGCAGAGCUAGUCACUGUCAAGAAUGAGUCCUCAGAGAGUGAUGAAAGCGAAGAGGAAAAAAACAGAUGCUUGCUUAAAGAUGAGGGGGAAAAGAAGAUGAACAAAGAUGUAGGAGAAAGUACUACAGAGCUGGUGGAUGAUGUUUUUGAGGAGCCCAGCAUGGAAAAAAGGCCAGGAGGACCUCAUACACUGCAAAACAGAGAGGAGCUCAGAGCAGGAGAACAUCAGAAGAAGUUACCAACCAGCAGGUUAUGUAAAAGAGAAGAUAACUCUCAGAUAAUUCCUGACGGGGACGGUGGAGGAGACAAGUAUGAGCAGGUGAAUGAACAAUGGGAGGGGCACAGUAGACAGUUUAUUGCAUGGGCUGAGAAGUCAACAGAAAAGGGGAAAAACAUGGAGAAAGGGACAGAUGCAGAAGUAGAAGGACAGAAAGAAGACACGAUGCAGGAUGAGGACAAGGAAGCUGAGUGGGACACUGUGAGAAGGAGGAAAAGUGAAGACAGAGAAGAAGCAGAAGGAAGAGAGAGUCAGACAGAAGAAGAGGAGGAAAGUGAGAGAGAAGAUCCAACAUCUGAGCCGAAGGAGACCAAUGAGGAGGAGAAGCAGGGGGAGUGGUUAGGAGGCCAAGAAGACCAGACAGCUGUUUUUGGGAUUGAGAACGAGGCCUUUGUGCAUGAGCAUUCACCAAAACAGGUGGUGGUAAACACAGCACAUGCAGAAAGCCCAAUUUCAUAUGAAUAUGUGGAAAUUCCUGGUGUGCCUGAACUGUCUGAUGUGGAGGAUGAGAAUGAAGAGGAAGCUGCAGACAGAAAGGUGAAGUUCUCCUCAGCACCAAUCAAGGUUUACAACACUUACUCUAAUGCAGAAUAUGACCGACACAAUGAGGAUAUCGACCCAGUGUCUGCUUCAGCUGAGUAUGAGCUUGAGAAGAGAGUGGACAGGAUGGAUGUGUUUCCAGUGGAGAUAGAAAAAGGUGAUGAAGGUCUGGGCAUCAGUAUUAUAGGAAUGGGUGUAGGAGCAGACCAGGGACUGGAAAAACUUGGCAUCUUUGUGAAGACGGUCACUGAAGGAGGCGCAACACAGAAAGAUGGAAGGAUUCAGGUGAAUGACCAGAUAGUGGAGGUGGACGGGGUGAGUUUGGUUGGAGUCUCCCAGCUGUUUGCAGCCACAGUACUCAAGAACACAUCUGGCCUUGUCAAGUUCCUGAUUGGUCGAGAGAAGGAGGGGGUGGAGAGCGAGGUGGCGCGACUAAUCAAUGAAAGCCUGGAAAUGGAUAAAACAUCCAGACAGAGCGGAGACAUGGGUGGUGAUGAGGACAACAAGGGAGGCAUGUCAGAGAGGGGGUCAUUUGCAGAGGAAGAGGAAGACGAUGAUGAAGAGGAUGUAGACUUUCUUUCCUCUCUGGACAAUGAGCAGCUCUGCCUUAAAUACCAGCAGCUUCAGUCUAAACUACGUAGCAGAGCAUCUGAACUUCACAUUGCAAGAGCAAAGUUGAAGGCAUGGGAGGAGCGACAGGCCUGUUGGGAGAGCCAGAAGGCAGAGUUGGAGCAAAGAGCGGAGGAUGGAGAAGAUAAAGCUGACAAACUAGAGAAGUAUUGGCAGGAGGCCCAGACUCUGUGCAGGGUGGUGAGCCAGAGACUGGCUGAUGCUCAGAGCCAAUCAGAGAGCCUGGAGAUCAAAUACAGCAAGGCCAAGAGGCUAGUACGAGAAUACCAGAGCAGGGAAGACGAGAGGGAGCAAAGAGAAGCCGAUUUGAGGAGGGAAAUGGAGGAGAGAGAUAAGCAGCACAGAGAGACAGUUGAAAGACUACAAAUCCAGAUAGCACAGCUGGAGAGAAAAGAGCCUGCAUCUGAGGGACAAAAAAGCUCAUCUACAGGUCCAGACUGGUAUAUGCCCGUUCCUGAUACAGGACGUCUGGACUGCAGCGCUCACAUAGCCAGAGCUCACCUGGCUCAGAAAUCAAAGCGUCACCCACCAUCCAGAGACAAACUCAGAGAAAGCUUUAGAAAACAGGAAGAAGAACCUCAGAAAGCAGAGAGCCCAUCACUGUUAGCAUCUUCAGCAGUACAAAGGAUCAGCAGAAGUGAUCUCUCCAGUUCCUCGUCAUUCCCAGUUCUCAGUCCUCAACCUCCUGCUGGUGCAGUCUUUACCCCUCCUGUCUAUAGAAAUGACAUUGUUACCCCCUCACCCUGCAAAUCCUCUGCCUCUAGGAAGUCCAAAAGGAAAUUUCCUGAUUUCAGUGGCCUUAGAAAGUCACUCAGCAAAAGGAGAAGUGAGAAACAUCGUAAAAGGAUCCUGAACAACAGAGCUUCCUGUGGUGACCUUGUGGACGAGCCCACUGGAGGCUCUCCGUCAGGCUCUGUCAGCUCCAUGCCUUCCUGCCUGCCAUUUCCCUGGUUUGGAGAGCGAGGGAGAGACAAAGAAGUGGAUGUGGAGCGAGGCAGGGAGAGACUCCGCUCUGUGUCGAGCAGCAGUCUGCCCUACUUGACCACCACAGGUAGAAGAGAUCAGACAUUGGACGAUGACCCACUUCCCACCAACAACAACCACCAGUGGCAGAGUCGACCUGUGUUGGAGUGGAACAACCAGCAGGUGUGUCUGUGGUUAAUCGCCAUGAACAUGGACCAGUAUACAUCAACGUUUGCUGCUCGAGGUGUAGACGGAGCACAGCUGCUUAACUUGGACAGUGAGAAACUCAAGGCUCUGGGGGUGAGCAGUCACAGUGAUCGGUCUACCCUGAAGAAGAAGCUGAAGGAGAUCAAGAAAAGCGAGGAGAGGGAACAGAGGAAAGGAGAAAAGAGGCUGAAAGAUGGAUAUGAGAAAGAAAAGAAUUCAGUAUUAGAUAAGGAAAAUGAUGAGAGGGUAAGGAUGAAUUUUGAGGAGCGGUCUGUAAAGGAUAUCAGACGGAGUGGAAAAACUAUCAGAACUGAGUCGCUCUUAUAAAAGUGAUGUCAGAGAUGUUCCACCAGCAUGAGGCUGCUUGUAGACUAACGCACAAAAACACUCCAACCAAUUUCCGUUAAAGACAUAGCUAUGUGACGGCACACGUCUUAAAUCUUGUAGGAUUAAAAAAAAAAAAACACUUCUCUGUUUUAGCUGGUACAAACGUCUAUGAGUAAAGGUUUACUUGAGCACCAAAGUUCACCACAUACAUGUCAGGUUUAAAGUGUGUGACAUUUUGCCACAGUUUUUCAGUAUUUUCUUUUUUUAAAUCAUGAAAUUUAAAUUAUAAUUACAAUAAUUUUAAUAUAUAACGCUGUGCUGAUUUAAGCACAAAUGUAU